UCAAAGUGGUUAAUGGAAUUAUUAAAGUUAAAUUAGAAGAUAAAUUCAGUAAAAAGUUUGUUUAUUAUAACCUACAAACUUCAAACAUGUCUGAAGAAACAGAUUUUAACAAAACAAUUAAAACCGAACCGUUCGAUGAUUAUCCUCAAGUGAAACAGGAAUUUGAUGAAUGUGAAAAUACAUCAGAUUUGUAUAUGGAUGAUGAUAUAUGUCUGCAGCAAUUUCUAAAAUCUGAGGUUACAAUUGACGAGGAAAUAAAACAAGAGACGACUGAUGACCAACAUGAUGUGACUAGUACAAACAAAACUGCAUUAGAUGAAAGUUCUUAUAUAUGUGGUGAAGAGAUCAGUGAAUCAAGUAAUUUAGUGGAUAGUACGAACAAAUCAUUUGAAGAAGUUUCAGGAAAAAGUGAAACAACUAAUAAAUUGAAACCGUAUAAAUGUGAAUCAUGCCAUAAAACAUUUGCAACAAAACAUAACUUACAACGACAUGAAAUUAUACACUCUGGGGAACGCUCUCAUGAGUGCAAAAUAUGCAAUAAAAGAUUUUCACGGUCAAGCAGUUUAAGACAGCAUUCAUUGAUUCAUACUGGUGAACGUCCUCAUAUUUGUGAAUUAUGCAAUAAAAAGUUCAAUAAAAAGUCCAACUUAAAUCAGCAUAAAUUGGUCCACACUGGAGAACAGCCUUAUGAGUGCAAAAUAUGCUAUAGAAGAUUUUCACAGUCAAGUAGUUUAAGGCAGCAUUCAUUGAUCCAUACUGGUGAACGUCCUCAUGAGUGCGCAAUAUGCAAAAAAACAUUUUCAAGUUCAAGUAGUUUAACAGAGCAUUCAUCGAUUCAUACUGGUAAACGUCCUUACGCAUGUGAAAUAUGUAAUAAAACAUUCAGAAUUAAAAAAAUGUUAAAACAACAUAAAGUUGUCCAUUCUGGAGAACGCUCUUAUGAGUGCAAAAUAUGUAAUAAAACAUUUCCAUGCUUACGUUAUUUAAAAGCACAUUUAUCAGUUCAUACUGAGUAGUUUAAGGCAGCAUUUAUCAGUGCAUAGUGAAGAAAGACCUUAUGAAUGUGAGACAUGCAAUAAAACAUUCAAAACAAAACCUGUAUUAAUACAACAUGAAAAAAGAAUGCAUACUAGAGAACCAACUGUAAUUAAAAAGUCAACAAAACUGUUGAAUCAGUCAAGCAACUGCCCGACCAAAUAAUCCUUAUCCAUUACACAACUUAUAUUGAUAUAGCAUAUUAAUUGCACUUCAUUUAUUAUAUAUUUCAGUCACAACUCUGCUUCUUACUCAU